AAUUUACAGUCGAAGAAAAAAAAUGGUGGCCAGCGCGAGAGUGCAGAAGCUCCUUCGACGAUAUAAACUAGCCAUUGCCGCCGCAUUAACUAUCCUCCUCAUUCAAGGUCUCGUCGUGUGGAGCCUGAAAAGUCUGGAAGAGGGCGAGACGGAGAAAAAAACAAGACGGUCUAAACUGCCUGACAACAACAGCCAGGACCAGAAGAGGGAUGCCACAAUUCUAGAGAGACACAACCCAUUGUCUGGGAGUAACAGGGGCAGAUGGAGCGGCAGGUUGGAAAGGACAGGGGGAACAGCAACCAGUGCACUAAGACAAGGGACCAGCCAAAGACAAGGAAAGCCCGCCAUCAGGAUGAAGAAUCCCCUUGAGCAGGGGCAAACGGGCACCGGACUGGACGGUGUAGCACCCCAUGACCCGUCCAAUAACUUAAGUGACAUGCGAGAAGGUGCUGAUGGGCUAAUGGCGGCCAGGAUACCUGCUGCUGCCUUACCAGGGGAGCCAGGCAGCGUGGAUGGGGUACACCAAGCUGCCAGCAGUGAUUUUGAGCCCAAAUGUGACAUCAUAGGGAAGGAUGCGUGGUCUGCCCUGCAUCGUGCCGGCUCACAGCAGUGUCGCCAGGAGAUCGCCAACAUUGUGUGCAUGCAUCAGGUCGGGCAGCUCAUGCCAGCUGCCCUUCCACAGUUCUGUCCCCAGCUUGGUUCAUCAAGUCCUGUUCAGGCAGUUGGCGAGCUGGACAACAGCUUGGCCAAGGUAGAGAACCCUGUCCGGGUGGUUUUUGUCUUAAUGGUCCACGGCCGCUCUGUACGGCAGCUCAAGCGUCUGAUUAAAGCAAUAUAUCACUCUGAUCACUACUACUACAUCCAUGUAGACAAGCGGUCCGGCUACAUGCAUCGGGAGGUCCUACAAAUAGCCCAGCAGUACCCAAAUGUACGUGCGACGCCCUGGAGAAUGGUGACCAUCUGGGGUGGUGCCAGCCUGCUAAAGGCAUACCUCCGCAGCAUGCAUGACCUCCUCUCCAUGCUGGACUGGAAUUGGGAUUUUUUCAUUAAUCUCAGUGGCACAGACUUCCCCACAAGAACCAAUGAUGAACUGGUGGCCUUCCUAUCACAGCACAGAGACAAGAACUUCCUCAAGUCCCAUGGCAGAGAGAAUGCCCGCUUUAUUAAGAAGCAAGGCCUUGAUCGUCUGUUCCACGAGUGUGACAAUCACAUGUGGCGGCUGGGAGAGCGCAACAUUCCUGAUGGCCUGGAGCUCUCGGGUGGCUCGGAUUGGUUUGCACUCACCCGCCGCUUUGUGGAAUAUGUCAUCAACUCCCAGGAUGACCUGGUGUCGGGACUAAAGCAGUUCUAUUCCUAUACUCUGCUCCCUGCUGAGUCUUUCUUCCACACUGUGCUGGGAAACAGUCACAUGUGUGACAGCCUGGUGGACAACAACCUUCGUGUGACCAACUGGAAUCGUAAACUGGGCUGUAAAUGCCAGUACAAGCACAUUGUGGAUUGGUGUGGCUGCUCUCCCAAUGACUUCAAACCCCAAGACCUCAUUCGCAUUCAGCAAUUGUCCCGGCCAACAUUCUUCGCACGCAAGUUUGAGUCGUCAGUGAACCAGGAAGCCAUAGACAUCUUGGACACCCACCUGUAUGGCCAGUAUGCACCAGGAACUGUUGCCAUAAAGGCGUACUGGGAGAACCAGUUUGAGCAGAUGGAUGGCGUGGGCUCACUCAGUGAUGUGGCACUCACUGCACACACUUCUUUGUUUCGCCUGGGCCUGAAAAGUCUUGCAACAUCUCAGGGCAGAAACGAGGCCUGCAGGUUUGAACCAAUAGCCUACCCUUUGUCAGUGCACUUGUAUUUCUAUGACGACCGCUUUCAAGGGUACUUGAUACGUCAGGAAGUUCAAGUUGUGGGAUCAAAGGUCAAGGAAUCAAUAGAGAUGUGGGCUGUGCCCCAGGCUACAUUGGUGCUUGAGAAGAAUCUUAAGGAGUUUGAAAGGCUUAAAAACCUGGAGAUUGGCACAGAAUGGGACCCAAAAGAGAGAAUAUUCCGUAAUUUUGGUGGGAUCAUUGGUCCUUUGGAUGAACCACUGGCCGUUCAGAAGUGGGCUCGUGGGCCCAACCUCACAGCCACCAUAGUGUGGAUUGACCCUGCCCAGGUGGUGGCAGCGUCUUACGACAUCACAGUGGAUGUGGAUGCAGAAUUUACCCAGUAUAAGCCACCCCUGCAGCGCCCCCUGCGGCCUGGCAUUUGGACUGUAUGUGUAUUGAAACAGUGGGAGCGUGUGGCAGAAAUUCAUUUUCUCGUCAUGCCUUUGAACUUCAAAGAUAAGGAGCCACUGCGUAAAGAUGAGGACAGUUGGCUGCAUGCAGGUCCAUCAGGAAAUUUGUACCAGGAGCAGAGCUUCCAGCAGCUGAGCUCCAUACUGAAGCUGCCCCCCCAGGAGCCUGCCAUGCUGGAAGCACAACAAAAUGCCCACUUGGUGGGCCCGCCCCUUGAAGCGUGGGUUGACCGCAGUGUGGCAAACUUCUGGGUUAUUGGAGACCUAUGCGCCACACAGACUUCAUCCUGCACAGCUUUGGUGUCGUGCGCCAAAACUACCUGGAGUUCCCUGUCCCUGGACCCCAAGUCUGAACUGGGCCCUGUUAAAAGUGACGGGAGAAUUAGGUAACCCCAGUGGGGGCCAGACUGUGGUGCUCAACACAGAGAGAACUAAAGGAAGAGCAGGCCUGCGCUGGAGUCUCCAAGCAGCAAUGAGCGCUCAAGGAGAACCUGUGUGCGUGGGACGUUUGACUCAAACCUGAAGGUCACAAAAACAACAUGACAACUUGCACUGACAAGUCACAACAUUCUCAGUAGAAAACGACUUGGGAGAGGUGAAUGCUGGAGAUUUUGCACAUUGACGACUGCAAGCCCAGAGACUUGUCUUGGUUUGCAGGAUGACAUUAAUGCCAGAUGUUGUUUUUUUUUUGUUGAAAAACAGCUAUGGUUUUGACACCUGGGUGAGUGUUUGAAAGAAACCUCACCCUUUACCGUUUUUCACUUUCUCCCUACUUCGAGUCAGGAUGCAGUUUGAACUCAACCGCAGUUUCCUUGCCAUGUUUUGUUCAGAUCUCAAGACAGAACAAAAAAUUUGGAUAAUUUUAUGCUUAUUUUGAAGCAUUUUAUAUUGGAAACAUGCAACAGUUGAAGUGCACUAUACUGUUAAAUAAUAUUACGCAAAAGUUAGUUGAUUACAUUGUGAUGAGUACAUGCUGACAAGGUCAAUGAUUUGUUUAUUUGCAAUCCUUGUGGAUCACUCACAACACAAAAGUAUUGAUUAAUUUACUCGUUUACCCAUUUAGUUGUAUUUAUUGUAACUUUUAAACUAUUAGUUUAAAAGUUACAAAAUUUCAAAAGUAUUUGCUGUAGAUGUCGAAAGCCUUUUGUUGGUCCCAGAAAGCAUCUGGAGACUCGGCAGAUCGCUUCAUUUGAUGUCACCAUGCUGUUAAAACUUGUUCUGCUCUAUAAUCACUGCUUGCAGAGGGGGUUUGUUCUCGUUUUGAAGCCAAUGUAGGAAGGGAAAUUCAAACGUAUGUUACAUGUCAUACCGCCUGUGUAUUGGUGUAGAUGCAAUUUAGUUUUUGUACAUGGGUCUGCUCUCCACUCAAGGUACAAACACUCCAAGUCCUCCAACCAGAAAUGGUAAACACUGUAUGUUUUUAUUUUUUGUUUCUCAGAAUUAAGAUGAAUCAAAGUUGCCUUUACGUAACUGAGAUGACUUGUUUACUGCAGGAUUAAUGGUUCCCAAGAUGUGCAAUUUCUCCCUGCCCCAGUCUGCAUCUUAGUUUGCGGUUUUAACACAUUUAAUGUGAUCUUUUUUAUGUUCUUAAAAAUUUUGCUUUUCCAAGUGACCUUGUAUACCUUGCACAGUACAGUUGCUUCAAUGAAGCCCCAUGUCUGUUAAAAAGAGAACUGCAGAUGUUAUUUUUUUAUACUGUGUACCAUUUGAGAUCAAGUGUGUCCAUACGUCUUUGGAUUUCAAACUAGCUUCAAAAUAUGGUCUACUUAUAUUUUAUUGCCUGAUUGGUGAUCGAUGGGUUGAGUUCUCCGUGCUUGAUGCUGGGGUAAGCUAAGGAGGGGUUGGGGUGGGCUCAUGUAUACUAUACAAUGUGCUGGCUCUCCAACAAGAACAUAGACGUCAAAGAAGACACAGAAAUAAAGGUUUAGACCUCCUUUCUUUUGAAUAAUGUGUGUCAGAUGUUUGCCCACCAUGGUGCUGCAGACUUUCUUGUCGAAAUUCUCAACAUGGUGUUUAGAACACUACAUAUAAAUAUUUAGUCAGGCUUGUUCCUUCCUAUCCCCAGAGUAGCCAAGUGUACUAUAGGCCAGCAGUGGAAGAGGAAUUGGUGGUGAGCGAUGAUCUGCAGCUACUGUAUGUGGAGUACAGUAACGAAUGGAUGGGAUCAAAGAAACUGAGGAAAGAGGAGAUGAAGAUAUUUUCCCUGGACAUCAUAUACAAAUCUGCAGGGGAUGGACGUAUAGAUUCAACACCUUCCCCUAUAAUAAGCCCUGAUGCAUGAGGUGAUUUUAACAUGUUCUAAACCAAUUCUCUUAUUGGUUCUCUUUAGUAGACAUUUGUCCAUUGCAUUGGUACUUUUAUAUGAUAUUUACCAAGGAAAAAAAGAGCUCAAAAUUAAAAGGCAGAAAAAUACACAAAUUCCACUAAAACAAUUUGUACUGCAUUUUGCUGUUAGAUUUGGCACCAGUGCAAAAAUAGUCCUGUAAUUUAGUGUAAAUGAAAACCAAUAUGACCAAGCAAAUGUGUUAAUCUGCUGUAUUCAUUAGGAUUGUUAUUGUGAGCUUCAUUAUGUGGCCCAAACCAUUCAGAAUAGAUGGCAUACUCUGAGGAAUGUCAUGUUGCCAUGGAAACAUCCCGCAUCAUAACUGCUGGGAAUGCAGAAUGAACCCCAACUCUGUACAUUGUCAUCUUUACCUGUAACCUCCUUUUUAAUGCAAAAAAACAUAAAAUAGGAUUAAUUAUUGAAGGAAUUUUAAAAUAGUAAUGAAUGCCUGGACUGGUCACGAGACAGUCACAGGGGAGUACAGACUGGGAAUGGAUCUUGUGCCAUUUCAAUGACAGGCAGCUAUGUGAACUACGACUGUAUAUUGUGUAGUUAUAGUAUGCUGUAUCUAUAAAAUUAAAAUAAUUUCUGAAGUUUUUAUUGCUGAAACCAGAUACACACAAUGUGAUUAGAGGGCUUUAUACAGUCCAAAUUCAUAGGCAACAAAUUACAUAGAGUUUAGAGUUCAACCAAAGUGUUCUGGGAAUAAUGUGCCUCAAAGGUUGAACAAAAUUUGGAGUGCUAAUCAUGUUUGAUGUCAAGAGAAAAUGUGCAAUGAUGUAGAUAUAGGAUUAAAAGCAUAGAUCAUUAUUUUGGAAUUAGCCGCAUAUUUCUUUCUCUACACCAGGGGUCCCCAAACAUUUUCCUGUGAGGGCCACAUAACGUUUCCCUUCUCUGAUGGAGGGCAGGGGUCAGUUUGUAACAGAAAAAGUGUGACGAUCGCAGGGGGCCUAAACGUA